AUCUCUCCACAAUCUUGCUUGCGACCUCAAGAAGAGGUUUGCGGCAAAGGGUGCGAUCUGCGACUUGCAGGAAGCAAUUGAGCUGCUCCGUCCAGCUUUGGUGCUACGUUCCACCGGCCAUCCUGAUCGGUCCUUAACGCUUCAUGAACUUGCUCUCUGUUUAUCAAAUAGACAUGAUGUGCAGGGGUUAGCCAAUGACUUGGAAGAAGCCAUUACGCUCGGAUGUGCAGCUCUAGAGCUCUGUCCACCCGGGAAUCCCAAUCGUGGCACAGUUCUUUACAGCCUUGCUUGCAACUUCUGGAACAAGUUUCGGAAACAGGCCGACAUGCCCGAGUGGAAUUCAGUGGUCCAUCCGUCUAGCAGGACUGAUUUAGCCUCCUCACUCCUUGAGCUCUCGCGACACCUCUGGGACAGGUUUCAGAAGCAGGCUACGAUGACUGACUUAGACAACGCUAUAUGUCUUGCAACGUAUGCUUUGGAACUCGGUUUACCUCGCGAAGAUGUUUCUGUUGGAGGAUGGGUUCAGAGGCUGGCCCAGGGUGCAAACUCGGACAAGCCGGACAUGCUUAGUCGUGCGGCAGACAACCUGUGUGUCCUUGCGAACUACCAUAGGGCCAGAUUCCAAACUCAACACACGAUUGUCGACCUGAACGAAACUAUCACAUUUUACCGUUAUGUGGCGCAAUUCCGCCCGACUGGGCAUCCUAGCCGCGCUUCGCUCCUCCACGACCUCGCACAGUGUCUAGUAGACCGGUUCCAUCAACGACCCGUAGCAGCAGAUCUGGAUGGGGCUAUUGCGCUUGAGCAAGAAGCCCUGCAACUGUUCACGCCUGGAGAUCCGGGUUACAACCUAUCGCGGUACUAUCUUAUAACCUACCUCCAAAUGAAGAUCAAGUCACGAGUUGCUAUGACGUCCUCUAACGCCUCAUCUAUUGCCCACUUCGACAUUAAGCAAGCCAUCCGUAAUGUCGCAUUCGAUAUUGAUAUUCUCAAACCCAUGCCGCCCAGGCUGCUCUACACACGUACUGACAUCUUGUGCAACCGGGAUGCGCAAAUAUCGCAUUUUAUGAGCAGUUGGCAGUCUGAUCAGCUACUGUCUUCGUGCGCAACGUGCGACCCGGCUCAGGGAAUGGAACGUAUCCGUACCGAUGUCUCGAGGUACUUUCAGUAUGCCAUGUUUUCUCACCUCUGGGGUAAAGCCGAGCCAUCAUUGCACGACAUCGAGGGUUGCUCGAUUUAUGGUAUGUCAACAGACGGGGGCUUUGGAAAGUUUCAAACGUUCUGUCUUGUUGCCUGUGAGCAAGAUUUCUUGUGGGCAUGGACUGACACCUGUUGCAUAGACAGAGACUGCAGUGCGGAGGUGCAAGAAGCGAUAGGAUCAAUGUUCACGUGGUAUCGCCGGUCCGCUCUGACCAUUGUUUGCCUUCCUGACGUUCCCGAUACCGGUUCGCUCAGGGGGAGCAAAUGGUUCGGACGCGGGUGGACGCUCCAAGAACUACUGGCUCCCAAAACCGUAUUAUUCUACACCCCAAACUGGUCACUUUAUAAGAACCUCGCAGUCUUCGAAUCAUAAAACCGACGUCACCGUACUGAAAGAGUUGGAGAUGGCAACUGAAAUCGAGUCCCGGUUCCUCACCAACUUUUCUCCGGGUAUGGAUGACGUACGUUCGAAACUGCAAUGGGCGUCACAGCGUUGUACCACCCAACUUGAAGAUAUCGUCUAUUCGCUUUUCGGCAUCUUUAAUCUUCACCUUACCCAUUCUUUAU